AAUACUAUAAGUAAAAUUAACAGGUGGAACAAAAUACAAAUUUUUACAAAAUGCAUUGAAUUAUAUAAAGAUUCACAUGUUUUAUAGGAUAAAACUUUUCAUUAAAAAUAUUCGUCCAAAGAAUCUUGUAACUGCACGGGCGGUAAAUCCAAACAUGUCGAUACACAUUCAAAACAAUCAUCUGUCAAACUAAGUUUCUUAAAAUUUUGAGUAAAAAUCGAAAGGACAUACGAAGAAAAUACUGGAUUUGAGUUGGAUGCACCGUUUUAACGGUCACAAAAGUAAUUAAUCAUGCAGCACCUUGACGUUUGUGGAAAAAACUCGGGCAAAGUUUGGCACAGAAAACCAACCCCAUCCACUGACAAUGGGUUGAUGGUAAACAUCACCCACACUUCAGCCAGUACAAUCUCCAGGGGCCGAGUUGUGCGGUUUAUGCAUGCAGCAUUUGACAGCACGGGGGAGCAUUUCCUAGCUGGCGACCACCAGGGGAAUGUGUAUAUGUUUGAUCUUGCAAAAAACAGGUUUUCUCUGGUACAGAAAUGUGGCACUCCCUGUACCGCCCUGGCUUUCUGUCUUAGGAAGAAGUCAGAGUUCCUGGUUGGCCUCUCUGAUUACUCAUUAAAAUGUUAUGACACAGACACUCGUGAGAUGGUUGCGUGGAUGAAGGGUCAUGAGUCGGCCAUACACAGUAUCUCCGUGCAUACGUCCGGCCGCUACGCACUCACAACCUCUGCAGAUACGGCGCAGCUCUGGGACCUUGACACUUUCCAGAGGAAACGCAAGCUGACCAUCAAGGAGGAUGUUGGAAUAGUACAGGUUUUUUUCCUGCCUCUCAGCAACACAAUAAUCACUGGUUUCCGUGAUGACACUAUAUUUGCCUGGGAGUCGGACUCUCUGACCUGCAAGUUCCAGCUGCCGACCCCGCCCGGAAAAUCUCCACAGUAUCGCACAUUUGCUGCUACCAAAGAUGGUCGUAUCUUGGCUGCUGGUGGGAGGUCACGAUUCGUACAUCUAUUUGCCCUAGACACUCGCAAGCUGCUCCGGAUUGUUGAGAUGCCUGAAAAAGUCACCGCUGUCAAACAGCUUAUCUUCCUGCCUGAGAACUUUGAUGGCGGAGCAAGUCAGGUGCUUGGAGUGCUGUGCCAGGAUGGCAUCCUGCGCUUCAUCAACAUCCACUCCUGCAAGCUUCUGUUUGACCUGGGCGAGAUCGGUAACAAGGUGAACAAUGCGACCGUCAGUCCUAAUGGCCGCUACAUCACCACUGUAAAUGAAGAUGGGACGGUGAAUGUGUGCUGUCUGCAGGCACUCUGUGCCGAGAUAAACAAGCCCCCUGCACCCCUGGUCAAGGUUGUAACAAAUAACAAGAUGUCUGACAACACUGUAACCUCUGAUAAAUCUGUGAGCUCCCGGGGGUCAAGAAAGCAGCGCCCCUCGUCUGCUCCGGCCCGUGGGAAGGAAAACAAGGCCAGGAAGACCGAGGAGGAUACUGGAGAGAGAGAGCUACCAGAAGGUCUGAACAUGGAGAGAUUACAGGCCAUAUUGAAGGGCUACUAUGAAUACCCAACAAAAUACAGGAUGUUCAUAUGGCGUUCCAUCCUGCGUCUCCCGGAGAAUCACUCAGCCUACGCAGCCUUGGUUGAUAAAGGCACACAUCCUGCCUUCGAGAAGCUGGGGAAUGAAUACCCCAUCAAGAGUACCAGGCUGCUUAGAAUACUCCAAAGGAUUCUGUCUGCCCUGGCCAACUGGUCGCCGAUAUUUGGGGAGACCCAGUACCUUCCCGUCCUGGCAUUCCCAUUUGUGAAGCUGUUCCAGAACAAUCACCUUGUUGCAUUUGAAAUUAUUGCUACUAUAAUGGUGAACUGGGCACAACACUGGUUUGAAUAUUUCCCCAACCCUCCAAUCAACAUUCUCGGGAUGAUUGAAAACGUGAUAGGCCACCAUGACAGAUACCUCCUUCAACACUUUGUCAAAUAUAACGUCACGUCACAGAUCUAUGCCUGGCCUCUACUGGAGACAUUUUUCUCAGAGGUUUUGACGCGGGAGGAAUGGAUGAUGCUGUUUGAUAACGUGUUUUCAAACCCUCCGUCCUUCCUUCUCAUGGUGGUAGCGGCAUACGCCAUGUGCGCCCGGGGCCCACUCAUGCAGUGUGUUGAACUGGAUGACUUCAGGUAUUUCUUCCACCAUCGUAAUGCUGUUGACCUGAAACACGUACUGCGGGAGGCAUACCGCAUAAUGGAUGCCACGCCCGACAACAUCCAUCCCCGUAAUACCCUCGAUAACUUCCAGCCCCUCACACGCGGCCAGUACCCUGUCUUCAACAAGUACCCCAAGUUCAUUGUAGACUACCAGGUACAAGAAAGAGAAAGGAUAAGAGUGGAAGAAAUGGACUACCUGAGGCAAAGGCAGGUGUCCAUGGACAUGCAGCGGGAGACUGGCAGGAGGCAGCAGGAGGAGGAAGCUUGGUACCGACAACAGAAACUGCUGCUGGAGGCCGAGGACAAGAGAAGAAAGUUGAUCCAUGAUGAGGAACAGAAACUCACAGACCAGAGAAAACGAUUGAACGCGUUGAAUCGAGAGGUAAAGUUGAAGGAGCUACAAUUGCUUGAUGCAGCACGCAGGAAGUUUCUCCACUUCCAGAAGUCCCAGAGAGAGGCAGAACUCAAACGGCUGGAUGAUGAGGUCCAGAGAAAGGCACUACUCCGAGACCAGGAGACAGAGCAGGCUAUCGAAGAGGCAGAGAUCAGAAACAUGGAACUGCAGCUGAAGAAAAAAAUGUUUGAACAGGAGUUGUUCAAGGAGUAUGCCAUGUCGUCCCACCACCUGCGGACAGAUCAAGACAUGCAUCGUAAACAGGCGGAACUGGAGGAUCGAAUCCAACAGAGGCUCAAAGAUGCCGAGAGAGAACGAGAGAUGGAGGCUAGGAAGACUAUGGAAGAGAACUUAGCCCGAGCUUCUCAGAAGAACAUUGAUGUGUGGGCGGGGAACGAGGUCGACAAUCGACACAGUCUUGAAGACCUCAAGCGGGAAGUUACAAGUGUACAGUUGGCUAGAGUCCAUGCAGAUAACCGCUCCCUGGAACAGGAGGUCCACAACCUGAUGAGGAAGUGCCAGGAUAAGAGGCUUCAGGAGCAUGAUGAUGGUGAGUACGAGCGAGACAAGCAGCGCGAGUUGGCGUCCGAGGCCCACGCCCGCAGGCUCGACUUUAUGACUGAUGAAGCUGAACGGGGCCAGCAACAUGGGCGAGACCUUACUGAGGACGCCAUUGACUCCACUUACAGGUCGAGACUCGGCCAGUCGUACUUAGAUGGAACCACCAGGUCGGAGCUUCUCAAGUCAUUUGAAUCUCUAUCUACAGCUGAUACAGACGCCAUGGCUAACUCAAUAUCUUUGGAGACAAAGAGACGCGGUUUUGAUGAGCGUGAGAUCAGUCUACUGAACGAGGUACGCAGAAUGCGUCAGAAACUGGCCACCGAGGGCCGAGAGAGAAGACCUCCACGGCUCGUGAACUGCGAUGCCUGAUAUGGGAUGUUUAGGCUACCAACUAAAGAUAUUCCUGCAUUUGUGUCAUAGAUAAUGACCUAAAUUAUAGAGGGCAUUGCUUUAAUAGAUCUGCAGCUAAUUGUAUAAAACUUGUUAAUAUUUCGGUAAAGUCAAAAUCAGUUCAUUGAUUGGUCUUUAUAUAUCCAAAAAUUACUAUCAACCAAUCAAAUUUGAAAAAUGAGUGUGCAAACUAGCCAAAGGCUAACCUGUGGACAACUUAUCUGUUUUAUACAAUUGGCUGUCUAAGUAUUUAACUUUAAAAUCUAAAGUGAGGAUUUUUGGAUGGAAUACUUUUCAGGUUGUGUUGACCUAAAAGAACUGUUGUGUCAUUAAAAUAUCACCAUCUGAAACUAAAAUGAGCAAGAAACAACAAUAUUUAAUUCUUAUUGUACAUGUGAUAAUUAAGGAUUGAUCGCGUUUCAUGGAAGUUGUUUCAUGGAAGUUGCUGGCGUGUCCUACUGCGUUCAUACAGCACAAGAAAAAAAUAUGAUCAAUCCUUAAAUAACAUUUGCUCAAGUUACAUGUACAUGCAUUUACAAUAUGAAUAUGUUUAUAAUAAUAUUAAUUGAGGACGUGAACAGUUGAAUGUGUGAGAUUGUAAAUAGAUAUGGGACUGUGAUAUUACAUGUAUAUUUAUUUAUUUGCAUCUUAAGUUCUAGCGCAUUGUGUAAAUGUAGGAAGUUUUCAUUUUGAUUGAUGUCCAGUAGAGUGUAUAGAGCCCACAUUAUUAUACAUACUCUACAUAUGUACAAAGUCGUGUAUUAGUCAUGUUUGGGUAACAUGAUUGUUAGUUUAUGGAUAGUUGUAUUGCCAAUAUUGUAUUUUGCAAACUGCCAGUUUUUUGCAUAUUGGAUUAUGCGAUUAGAAAAACA